UUUGAUUGAUGUAAAUAUGGAUUGUCUUUGAAAGGAUUGCAAAUAAUGCUAAAGUCAGCAAGAAUCCUGUUGUGCUUCAUUGUUGCUUAUCUGACACCUGGACCCCUUAUCUGGGUCCAAAGACCUGACCAUCCAGAGUUGGGGUGUCAAAGUCAAUUACACAGGCAAAAUGUAAUCAAUGAAGUGUUGGAGCAAAUUUACAAAUUUAUGAUUUAUUGGGUCAAAACAAACUGAAAAUCCUGUCCAGAACUUAAAUGAUCUUGGUGUCUGCUGUCAAAACACAUUAUGUAGACCCUUUUUUACUAACUCAAAACACAUGAGACACUCUGGUCUUUCUCCUUAAAGCACAGGCUGCUCUCUGUUUUUCAUGGAAAUGACUUAUUCUGCGUCAGUGUAUCUAUUUUGGAAGUUUCCUGGUAAGUGGCAGCAUCACUAAUCUCUACUGGUUACAAACUGCAUGGAGAGCAGCAACUGUCAUAUCUGUGGGUGCAUUGAUGUGUGUUAAAUUUGUCUCUAAUUUUGAGUCAACCUUGACAGGCCCUCGUGGGCCAAUUUGGCCCCGGGGCCUUGAGCUUGUGAUUGAGACCAUACAUGAGUUCAAGCUAGUAAAACUGUAUUUGUCAUUCCUCGAAGCCAUUUCCACUUAGCGCUUUUAGAAAAUAACUUUUUCCACUGAAAUGUAUUAGGCAAGACACAUGACCAGUAAAAAAUAUUUUCCUAUCCUGGGGAGCAGCAAUUUUUUGGAAUGAGACCUACUUUUGGCCCCCGCUGGGGACGUGCCCAUGAGUACUGAUAUCUCAUCUAUUAGUGUUUGCGUAAACCUCUGGUACAAAGGAAAACUGACUCAAAACUGACAGUUAUUAAAUCCAACGGUGAAAUGAUGAUGUAUUCCUUGUUUUUAUUUUACAUCGUAAUAAACACAAUAUUCUGUUAAGAUAACAUUUACAUGCAGAGAAUUAAAAAAAUGUUCACUGUAAUACUUUCAGAAUACUUAAAUUUCCAAUAUUUGAAAUUGCAAUUGCAAAUGAUUGACUGUUUUAAUGAAACGAAAAUAACUGUAAACGGUGACCAACCGCUCCUGUAAUGCGAUUGUGAUCGUGACAUGAAGGCGUGCGCAUGUUCGAGCUCGACUGACGUCACGAAGCUGUCAGCCAGCCUGCGCAGACGGUGGUGCGCAGGCCGACCUCUUGGCUUUCGCUUCCUGAAAGAGAGGUCACCCUAACAAACUGUUCCCUUCGACCAGCGGACUGCUGUUCGGGGAGGCCAUCCUUUCUCAGGAACACCGAGAGCCGGACACGUCAAGGCAUCCAUCAUGUCUGACAGCAGGCAUGAAGACGCCGACUUGGAGACAGAUUAUUGCAACGACUUCUCCAGUGAGGCAGAUCGUGUCCGCUGCUUUAGCUGCAAAAAGAUCGUGGAAAACUGGUGCCAGGAUGACGCGCCCGUCGAGAGACACAAAGAGGUUUCCCCCACGUGCAAGUUCCUUAGCUGCAGUCACAGGCCGGAAGCCAACAUGAGGUCCCCCGAUACCAUGCUGACCAAUGGUUCCGACUACAAUGAAGAAGCUGAAGACCUGCAGUAUCGUCUGAGAACAGGAGAAGUCGUUGAUGAAACCACCUAUCCUUUGGCACCACACAUGCAGAAUGAGGACACCAGACUCGGUACCUUCACCUCCUGGCCGAGCAGCGCCCCAGUCAGGCCCAGAGAUCUGGCUCAAGCCGGGUUUUACUACAUGGGGAGCAGAGACCGGGUACAGUGCUUUUGCUGCGGCGGGAUGCUCGGUGGGUGGGAGACAGGCGACACUCCCUGGGAUGAACAUCGACAGCAUUUCCCCAACUGCUUCUUCAUUCUGGGCCAUGAUGUGGGCAACAUCCCAUCCACUGGGGGAACUGAAGUGGAGGAAAACAGAAGCAGUCACAACGCUGUUCCGAUGGGCCGCUUUGAAGAGAGGGUUGAGAGCUUCGCCGGAGUCCGGCACCCAGUCGACCCUGAGAGGCUUGCCAGGGCUGGUUUCUACAGCUUAGGAGUGGGCGACAAGGUGUGCUGUUUCAGCUGUGGUGGAGGGUUAAAGGGAUGGCAACCGGAAGAAGACCCCUGGGAAGAGCACGCCAAGCAAUACCCAGGGUGCAGCUUCCUGUUGGCAGAAAAGGGACAAGACUUCAUCAACAGCGUGCAGCUUCAGAGCAGAAGUGGAGCUGCCAGGAGUCAUCAGAACGGACUGUCUGGACACAGUGAUGAGUUGCUGAAAUCCUCGAUGGCCCAGAAGGCUGUAGAGAUGGGUCUGGAUCCACAGGUUGUCAAGAACACGAUCCUGGAGAAGAUGCAGAACACAGGGACGGCUUACUCCGAUCUGGAAACUCUGGUGCAAGAUUGCUACAGUAACUCACAGGAGAGCACAGCUUCCAACGGCGAACAGCAGGAUGAAACCCCACUGGAGAAGCUUCAGAGGCUGCAAAGGGAGAAGCAGUGUAAAGUCUGUUUGGACAGAGACAUCUGCAUCGUCUUCAUCCCCUGUGGUCACCUGGCGACCUGCAGGGAGUGCUCACAGUCACUGGUCAAGUGUCCUAUAUGCUGCAAUCACAUCCUCCAGAAGAUCAAGACCUACAACACUUAAAAGAAAUCCUCCCUCAAAUGACGACGCUGCUUCACACGACCCUGACUAAAUUGUAAAUCGAUGAUUGUAAAUAAUCUGUUGAAUUUAAGGACCUUGUUGUUAUCAAAUGAAAGUAUUUUACACUAACUAAAGAGCGUUGCGUAUAUAUAUCAUAUAUAUUUUUAAAGCUCGGUUUGUUUGCUGAUCUUUUAAUUUAUAAUGGAAAACUUUGACAUUUUUGCCGGAUGUGCCUUUUCUGUGAGAUUUUUACCACAUCUGGUGUAGCAGGACUAGUGAGCUGGGUUUUGUUGAUGUUAACCUUUGACCUUCUGCCGCUUAGCUAGACUCAAGAUGACAUUACACUUAUUUUAGAGAGUGAAUAAAUUUGACUGUAUUAACUGAA